CUCUCAAUUCUCUUCGAAAGAUGGAACACUUCAAGCCUUUAGUCAUCACCAACAUUUCAGCAAAAAACCUAAGAGACAUCAGGUUCUUCGGCAAGAUGAAGGUCUACGCCGUCAUCUCCAUCACCGGCGGCCCUUCAACGGGCCAUAAGUCGGAGUUCAGGACCUCAGUGGAUUACGAAAGAGAGACAAAUCCCAAAUGGAAGAACACUCGCAUGGAUUUCAGACUCCAUAACCCAUCUCUCCAAAACAACCUCCUCUAUCUCAACAUCAACUUUUAUUGCACUCGAAUCUUAGGUGACAAACACGUCGGCGGAGUCUGUGUCUCCGUCAAACGCCUCUUCGACAUGACAUCACGUAACGGGACCGCUUCUCAGGCGGUCCGGUAUCCAGUUGUGACUUCCUCCGGGGAAAAGCAAGGCUUUGUUGACUUCUCUUUCGCAUUUGGAGAGCCAAUUCCACAGCGACAAUAUGGGAGUACAAGUAGAGGUACUAAUUAUCGUAUCGCUACUACUCAGGCCAAUGAUAUUGAUGAUCAAGAUAAUCAAGACAACUAUGGGAGUGAUUUGAGCAGCAACGAUGCCAAUGAUAUUGAUGAUCAAGAUAAUCAAGACAACUAUGGGAGUGAUUUGAGCAGCAACGAUGCCAAUGAUAUUGAUGAUCAAGAUAAUCAAGACAACUAUGGGAGUGAUUUGAGCAGCAACGAUGCCAAUGAUAUUGAUGAUCAAGAUAAUCAAGACAAUUACGGAGGUGAUCAGAGCAAUAGUAACAACUACAGGACUUAUAAGGGGAGCAACUACAAGGUUCAUCAGAACCAUGAUUAUGACUAUCGAGAUUAUCAGGAGAACAACUACGAGAGUGAUCAGGGACAACAGCUACCGAGAUGA